UCAACAAGAUCACGUGUCACUCAUGCCUUUUCCGCGUUCAACGAUCACAGUAAACAGACUUUAGCCAGCAAGAACAAAUACUAAUUUACAUUAAUUAUCAAAAAAUAAAUAAAAAAUAAAAUAAAAUUACCAAUUCGCAGUCGUCCUCAAUUUUGCAGAUUCAAUCACUAUUCCAUGAAAAACGAAGCUUCAAAUGAUUCUCCCUCUCCUCUUUCUCUUUCUUAACCUCUCCUUUCUGUUCUACUCCUCCAUUGCCAGAGCCCCCGCUAAUCACCUCUCUAAACACGCAGAUUAUAUUGACAGUAUCCAUGGGAAUCAAGGGAGGCGGUUGUAUUCUGAUAACUUUCAGAUGUCUGAGAAGGAGUACAUUGCAAUGCUUGAGAAGUUAGCUCAAGGGUAUAUGAGUAACUCUGAUCUUGAGAAGGCAAUGAAGGAAUUUAACGGCCGGUGUGGUAACAUUUCCAGAAUAUACAGUAUUGGAAAGAGUGUACUUGGAGUUCCUCUGUGGGCGAUAGAAAUAUCUGACAAGCCCGGUGAAUCAGAAGCUGAGCCGGCUUUCAAGUUCAUCGGAAAUGUGCAUGGUGAUGAACCGGUAGGCCGUGAACUUCUGCUGCUUCUAGCAAAUUGGCUGUGCGAUAAUUAUAUGAAGGACCCCUUGGCAACCUUGAUUGUGAAAGAUGUCCACCUUCAUAUACUUCCGUCCAUGAACCCUGAUGGAUAUUCUCUGAGGCGGCGUGGCAAUGCAAAUAACAUUGAUUUGAAUCGUGAUUUUCCCGACCAGUUCUUUCCUAUGAAUGAUGAUAUGGAUUUACGACAACCUGAAACCAAAGCAAUCAUGAAUUGGCUGGAAGGUGUACACUUUACAGCAUCUGCGAGUCUUCAUGGGGGAGCGCUGGUUGCGAACUACCCGUGGGAUGGAACUGAAGAUAGAAAGAAAAAUUACUACGGAUGCCCCGAUGACAAUACUUUCAGAUUUCUGGCUAGUUUAUACAGUAAAUCCCACUACAAUAUGUCCCUAAGCAAUGAAUUUCCAGGGGGGAUUACAAAUGGAGCAGCCUGGUACCCAAUAUAUGGUGGCAUGCAAGAUUGGAACUACAUUCAUUCUGGAUGCUUUGAGCUUACCUUGGAGAUUAGUGACAACAAAUGGCCUAAUGCCAGUGAGCUUCCAACUCUAUGGGAAUAUAAUAGAAUGAGCAUGCUAAACCUUGUUGCGGGUCUAGUAAAGACAGGACUGCAUGGAAGAAUAAUUUCAUCGGAAAAUGGAAGACCUUUGCCUGCUUCAUUAGCUAUCAAGGGAAUAAAUUACACGAUUGCUGCUGGCAAAAAGUUUGCUGAUUACCAUCGAUUGCUAGCUCCAAAAGAAAACUAUGAAGUUAUUGCAACCAUGCAAGGAUAUAGAUCAAAGAUUGCUUGUGUUAUGCUUGGUGAAGGAGCAGUAACAGUAGAUUUUGUUCUUGAUCCUGAGACCACUCAUGAGGGUAGUCAGCUUCUAGAAGAUUCCGGUUGCUACUUUGAGAGCAAGACCACUCUCCAAAUGAUCGAUUUUUUGCCAGAUCCGCAGUUGGAAGUUUUUCUACUGACUUUUUCGGUUUUAGGAUUUCUUUUAUUCUUAGUGAAGUGGAGAGCAAAACUAGUUCAUCCGAACCAAAAACAGACUCCAGUGCCCAAACGUGCUGUGGUAUGAGAUAUAAUACUUUUUCUAUCCUAUUUACAUCCAUGAUAUUGCUCCUUUUCUCCUCGUUAGUUUUCUGCCUCUUAUAAAGCUAAAUUCCCACGCCAAUAGCUGAUUUUUCUUUUUUCCGUUUUCUUUUGUAAAAUUUUCGCUGUCAAUCUGUCAAUUAACCAGGUUUGAUAUUGUCCGUGCUCCAUUUUCUUGGGAUAUAGCAUGAAGAAACAUUAAUAUA